UCUCCAUACUGGUACCAACAUUGACUAGACAGCAGCAAAUCAAGGAAUUGCCACGUUCUAGGAAUCAUGAUAGUAUUUAUGUUAAAAAGUCGAAUAUAGAGGUACUGAGCCAGGAUGCCUGCGAUUUCUAUUCCCGAUCUCACUACAAGUCUCGUCGCGGUUCCAGCCCUCGACCAGUCGAUUCCUUGUGCUGUCAUUGGAGAGGGUAAUUUGUUACUAUCCUGCCUAGAAUAUUUGGUAGAUGCCAACUUCAGAGUUUCAGCCGUCUUCACGGAUACACCAGCCGCAAAAACUUUCUGUGAUGAGAAGCAAAUUCUUCACUGGAGGAGAGGAGCAAACCUAGAAAACGCUUUAGAGAAUGUAUCCAUAGACUACCUCUUCAGCAUAUCUAACCCUCGCGUUUUGACCGACUCUGUUCUGCAAAUUCCAAAAAAAUUGUCAAUCAACUAUCAUGAUUCACCAUUACCAAGAUAUGCCGGGAUUCACGCCACUAGCUGGGCCAUCAUCAACGGUGAGUCGGACCACGGGAUUUCCUGGCAUGUCAUUGAGACGGGAAUCGAUACUGGGGAUAUUCUUCAGUUCAGAGCAGUCAAAAUUGACCCUAGCGAUUCGGCUUUCACAUUAAACAUGAAGUGCCAAGAGGCGGCAAAAUCUACUUUCCAAAUUCUGAUCAAGGAGAUUGAAAACGAUUGCAUUAGUCGAACGGCGCAGCCUGGCACUGGAAGGUCAUAUUAUGGGUUGCAUGCCAUACCGCCAAACGUUGGAGUCCUGAACUUCAAGACUACGUGUACAGAAAUCUGCAACCUUGGACGGGGACUCGAGUUUGGUAACCAUGAUAACGCGCUGGGAAGUCCAAAAGUGAUGACAUCAACAGGAGACUUCGUCCUCAUCACAAAUGUCGAAGAAUCAAAUUAUGUUUGUGACGCAAACAAUGAACAACACGGGACUAUCACAGACAUAGUUGACGACACUUUAGUUGUAACAACACAAGGAAAUCCUGUUUUGCUGUCCAUUACAAAGCUUGAUGGAUCUUAUCUGUCACCUUCGGAAUACCGGGACAUUGGAAUAUUUGUUGGUGAAAAGCUUUCAAGUACCUUUGCGGUUGAUACACAACACCUGACGCAGAUAAGAAAGAGAGAAACAUUUUGGAGACGAAAGCUGAAGAUAUAUGAGCCAACGACGUUUUUUCGACAAAGAAUGAAUGUAGUUGCAGAUAUCAUAGAUGUUUCUACAGCAGUCAACGUUAAGUCUAUCGUUAUACCGCUGCCCGUUCCUAACAUGAAUGGACACAGCUUUCAUUCACACACUCGUGAACUCCUUAUGUCUGCAUUUGUAGCAUUCAUUGGACGCAUGACUUGCAACUCGAAUGUUUCCAUUGGUAUCCUGGCAGAGAAAUUAGGCAUACCUGAAAUGGCUAGACAGCUCUACUCGGAUAUCUGCCCUGGGGUGUUCACGGUCGAUCUUCAAGAGAAAACGCACGUCGUCUUGCACGACCUUCACGGAAUGAUAGAAACUUAUAGAGAAGCACAAUCAUUCCUUGUCGACAUGUUCUAUAGAUAUCCAGAACUUCGUGGACAAAAACGAACACCUAAUCAUAACAUAGCGAUAGGUCAAAUUCCCAAACAUGCCUCUCCAACUGAUAUAGCACAACAUGUUCUUCAUGACUGCAACAUAUUGCUAUUAUUCAAUGAAGAUGGAGAGAAGAUGCACUUGAUGUUCAAGGAAAAGAUUGGAAAGGAUUUUCGAUAUAUCAAUGAUGUCCUUCAGCACUUCCCGACAUUUCUAAGAUGUGUUGCUGCCAACGGAUUGAAUCAGCCUUUGUGUCAGACCAACCUCGUCCCAGAAGAGGAGUUGAAACAGUUUUAUCCACAACCGCCUGUAUUCGAAACAUCGUCUGAAAAGAUUUAUGAUGUUUUCGAAGAACAGUGUAGAAUUACUCCAAAUAACAUAGCACUUCGUUCAUCAACAGUAUCGUACACUUACGAAACUUGUAACGAUUUAGCGGGGGAAAUUUCAGUUCUUCUCGAGGCCGCGAACGAAGAUGAAAGAACAAUUGGGCUUCACAUUCCGAAUUCAAUGGAGUAUGUUCUUUCCGUCCUUGGAGUUUUGAAAAACGGUCGAGCUUUUCUACCCCUUCCUCUUGACUAUCCAGAAGAGAGACUGAUUUUCACUCUGCGAGAUGCGAAUGUCCACAGCAUGUUAACUACUGUCUCAGUGUGUAAGAACAUAAAUUCUAAAGUGUUUCCAUGGACACCAAUCAGUUCAGAUGCUAAACCGAUAGAUCGUGACGCAGUAAUGCUUGUACACAUCAAGACCGACAUGUUGCCAUUGGCAAACCGUGUCCACAUAGGAAACGGCGAUGUUCAAAAUGGAAAUGCACAGAAUGGGCAAGUCCGGAAUGGGGAUAUCGAAUGUGCUAAGACGCUAAAUGGAGAAAGCAAUGCAAAUGGCUUGCAGGAUCCUCACAUACAUGACGAGACGCCCACUCGGAUGCUAGAUGAGGAUGUUUGUUACGUCAUGUACACGUCAGGUUCCACUGGUAGGCCUAAGGGAGUACAAGUUACUCACUCGGGUGUCAUCAAUCUCGCUAAAGCCCAGAUCAACCUCUGGAGUCUUCAUAGUCAGGAUGUUAUUGCACAGUUUGCUUCAAUUGGAUUCGACGCAACCAUAUCUGAAAUAUUCACUGCACUAUUUGCUGGUGCAACAUUGGUUACUCUCAGUGACGAGGAACGUCUAGGCCAGGAAUUCGUCCGUACGAUGAACUUGUUGGAUGUUAAUACCAUAACACUUCCUCCAUCUGCCCUCAACAUAUACAGCCCCAACGAUCUACCCAAACUGACCAAGGUUGUAACUGCUGGAGAGGCGUGUUCGCUAGGCACUGCCCUGAAAUGGACAGUCGACAACGAGACAACGAAAUUCUUCAAUGCCUACGGCCCAACAGAAACAACCGUUUGCGCAACGUGUUACGAAUUCAAACCUUCCCAUGCCCAUGACGACGACACUCAAGAUUUGUCCAUAGGUAAAGCCAUACCUGGCAUGUGCGUGUAUCUUUUCGAUGACUUCAUGAAACCAGUUCCUCCUGGUGUUGUCGGUGAGAUCUACGUCGGAGGUAUUGGCGUAUCAAAAGGAUAUAUUGGUCACGCGGCCAUCCACAACCCUGAACGAUUUGUCCAGAAUCCAAUGACAGAUCAGUCUUGUCCGUUGUACAAGACAGGCGAUCAUGCAUUUCAAUCAAAUGACGGCAAUAUCACUUAUAUCGGGAGACUGGAUGAUAUGAUAAAGAUAAGGGGACAACGAGUCGACCUCAGCGAAAUUGAACAGGUUCUAAUCCAACACACGAAAGUAGAACUCGCCGUGGUCGUAGCCCAUAGAUGUAAUGAAUCAAAUGAAGUCAGUAUAGCGGCAUAUGUGGCACCGUCUUUCGUCUACUUAUCAGAGCUACGAGAGUACUUGACUAAAGCUCUUCCAAAAUACAUGAUACCUUCAUUCAUCAAGAAAGUCGAAGUGGCCGACUUCCCUAUGACAUUAAACGGCAAAAUUGACAGGAAACAGCUUGAAAAAGACGAAUCUGUACACGAACAAACAAGAUUUGGAGGAGGUAGUCAUCUAAAUGAAACGCAACUCGCAAUCGCGAAGCUUUGGUGCGAUAUUCUAAAGCUAAAUGAAUCAAUCAUACACGACUUUCAUCGACAGACGUCAUUUAGCGAACUCGGCGGGAAUUCUCUACAGCUGGUACUUCUUCAGCGUUCUUUAGAAGACAAGAUCCAUGUCCAGUUAUCGUUUACUGACUUGGGAAUGGCAGAUACGAUAGAAGAGUUCAGCGACGUGAUCAGGAGAAAGAAAGACAUGCUCCGAAGAUCUGUUCAAAACAACUCAAACAAUCAGGGUGACCUUCGUCAGGUUAUAAUGCAGGAUUCACUUCUAGAUCCAUUGAUUAUACCUCAACAUGCCAGGCGUGGCUCUGUGAAAUUCAGUCACUUUUCGGCGUUCGUACAGAAAUGUUCCUUGAAAUAUCCACGAAACGCGCUGAUGUCAGGCGUGACCGGAUUCCUUGGGGCCCAUCUCCUGGCUGAACUUCUUGAGCAGACGAAUGCUCAUGUAUGUUGCAUGGUGCGAGAAUCUACAGAAGCUAGGGGCUACGGAAGAAUCAUAGAAAAUCUCAGAAAGUACAACUUAUGGAAAGUUGAAUAUGGAAGUAGAAUCGCGGUAGUGAUUUCCGAUUUAUCGCAGGAAAAUCUUGGCAUAGCGCCGGACAUUUAUACAGCACUGUGUAACGUCAUUGACGUGGUAUUCAUGAACGCAGCAAAGAUGAAUUUCAAUACUGGUUAUGAUGACCACAAGGUAGCCAACGUAGACAGUACCAAGGAAUUCAUCAAGUUUGCCGUCACUGGUACCCAAAAAUACAUUUUUUCAACGUCAUCUCUGAGCGUGUUUCUGUUCCCCAAGAUUCCAUCUAGCACAACAUCAACAAAUCGAAUGUGUUAUGAAACAGAGUUCUUUGAUGAUCCGUGCAACUUGGAAGGCGGCUAUGGAAAAAGCAAAUGGGCAAGUGAAAAACUUGUCAUGCAAGCACUGGAGUACCUCCCUGGUGGAGCGAUAUUCCGACCAGCGAGGAUAUCUGGAAGUUCGGUCGAUGGUGCCGGUCCACGAAACGAUCUUUUCGCGUCCACCUUGAUUGGCAUGACACAACUAGGGUCAUUCCCCGACAUGGAUUUUCCUUAUGAUCUUACACCAGUGGAUUACGUUGCCAAGGCAAUGGUGGAGAUCUCCCUAAAGAUUUGCAACGAAAGUGGCCAACACGAGCAGGUAUAUCACUUAUUUAACUCUCAGACCAUUCCAUUUAAAGACAUUUUCAAAGGAAUGGGUCUAAGACCUCUUCCCCUCGAACAAUGGCGGCAUGAACUCCGAAAUGCGUCAGACGACAACAAGACUCUUAUCCCGUUUACUCCCUUCUUCCAUUCUGAGUUCUGGGACAAGGCACCUCACUGGCCAGUAUUUGACACGUCCAACACCGACGGACUAACGAGCGACGACACAAAGAAUCUCUUGAAACCUUCAGGAGAUCUAUUAUGCUUGUACAAAACAUACUUUGGUCUGAGCACAAAGUAGAGGAUACAACCAAACGUUUCCUUCAUGAAAACAUAUUCUAUUGAUCAAUUGCAAUACAUUUACUGUUUAACACUUUCAUCCAUACAAAACAAUAUCUACAUUAGGUGUCGUAUGUCAAAAAGUAACAUACAUUUUAUAUAGGUAUUUUGACUCGAUACGUUUGUUGCGAGUAUCCACAAGUUCCAGUGACAGUUAGCUUUGAUAAUGAUUUGAGUGCCAAUUGGGCUCUCAUCAAAAAGAAAUAUUAUCAUUUUAGGUGACUAGAAUUGAUUCGAGCAGAUCCCAUGGGUCUGGUGAGAAUAACUCUUCACAGAAUAUAGUAGACUUUCCAUGCAUUUAGAGAGGUAUAAAAAUAUUGCACCGCAACGCAUGUAUAGUGGUUAUAAAACCUUACCCGAAAUCUAGGAUGUAAAAUAUCAAAUUAUUCUCCUUUUUUAUGGUUAGCAAGAGCCUCAUUUUGCAUAACAUCAUCAUGCUGGUUUUUUGUUUUUGCUUCUUUUUUUGUUGUUGUUGUUGUCUUGCUUUUUUUUUAAUUUAAUUUUUUUUUUUAAAUAAAUUCUUUCACUAGAAUUCCAGUAUAGCUACCAUUGCAGAUAAUCAGUAAGAAAGUCUAUAUAUCCUAAGGGGCAUAUUUUUGGUUCAGCCAAUUUUUGUUCAACCAAUUUGUAUCAUAAAAUAAUAAAGUCAUAAUAACUAGUGUUUUGUGAUGGGAUCAUGGUAUGUAAAGCAUUACUAUAGGAAGGCAUGGCUCAGACACGACACAUUUAAAAAAAAAAGGGGGGGUAUUUCAUUACAUCUAGUGAAUGUUGUUUCCAUCGACAUGGUCUAGAUAUGAGAAAACAGGAUUACUGAAGAUAUAUCAUAGAAAAGUGCUAAUAUUUUAUCUGAAGAAGUGACAGGACAGUGGGACAACUGAAUUAGUGGUGACCGGGUAAGCAGAGCCAAUAUGUAAAUAUGUAAAUAGACAUAUUUCUACUAAUUGCUACUCUAAUGAUAAUGUUGGUCUACUCAAUAUCUCGGAAAUCUUUAAAAUUAUAUAAGUUAUAAGUAAGGUAGCAGUGAACAGUAAAAAUGCCAAAUUCUGAAAAAUAUGGUACAUGUUUUAGAUAUGUAAACAUUGCCAGUUAACUCUACAUAUUACCUUCAAUAAAGUAUAUAUAUUUGUAAUCUAUACAACAUUUGCAAUUUUAAUAAAGUUCUGAAGGAUAAGCUAACUUAUUUUUUCUAUGUUUUUUAGAGCUGUGAAUACCAUGGUAACAACUUAAAAACAGCUUAAAAAUUGCAAAAUAUUAUGAUAUUUGACCCAUAUGACACAAUUCUCUACACAAUUUUUUUCUGAAACCUAUUUGAAAUUAAAUAUCUCUAUCCCAAAGACAGAAUUGAUUUUGUUUUGACAAAUGUUGUACAUUAAUUUUCCUGCUAUCUCACCUUGAUUAUGAGCAUCCAUUUUUCGCUGUAGGCAAAACAAUACAUGUAUUUCUUGUGUAAACACACUUUCGGAAAAUCCGGAAAUUUAAAAUCCGGAAUCAAUUUAUUUAUUUUAGUUUUAACAAAUGUGAAGCCUGUAUGUACCACUUCAUAAAGAAUAUACCAAUUAUAGUGUACAUUUAUUUUUUUCAUUUUUUAUGCAUAUCAUAAUACAGGAGUUAUUUGCUUAACAAAAAAAUUGCCCAUGGCCAAGCUGUCCUACUGUAGUGUGCUGCCUAAGGACUCAAAAACUCUUGUCCGUCAUUUCAACUUCUUCAACGAAUGAUCCGUUAGUAUAUUGUCUACGUAUAGUAUGUUGUUGUUUUGUGUAAACACUUUAAUAAAAUAUUAAAUCAUCAA